AUGGCGACUUCACCAGUCGCCGUCGUAUGUGUCGGCAUGGCCGGUUCCGGCAAGACGACGUUCAUGCAGCGCAUCAACAACUACCUUCACGUUAACAAGAAGAAACCAUACGUUUUGAACCUGGAUCCUGCGGUACUCAAUGUCCCGUUUCAACCGAACAUCGACAUAAGAGAUAGUAUCAACUACAAAGAAGUUAUGAAGCAAUAUAAUCUGGGCCCGAAUGGUGGCAUCCUCACUUCACUCAACCUGUUCGCAACCAAGAUCGAUCAGAUUAUCACGUUACUCGAGAAGCGCGCGAACCCUCCUCCAGAUAGCAAGAUUGUUCCACCGAAGCACUUCCUUGUCGACACGCCCGGGCAGAUUGAAGUCUUCGUCUGGUCCGCUUCCGGCAGCAUCCUACUCGAAUCCCUCGCCUCGAGUUUUCCCACGGUGAUCGCAUACAUCAUCGAUACACCGCGGACAUCCUCAACUUCGACCUUCAUGUCAAACAUGCUCUACGCAUGCUCCAUAUUGUACAAGACGAAACUACCGAUGAUCCUGGUGUUCAACAAGACGGACGUCCAAGACGCCGACUUUGCAAAAGAGUGGAUGACAGACUUUGGAAAGUUCCAGGAAGCCCUGCGCGAGGAAGAGAGCAAGGGUGUAUUUGGAGGCGAAGGAUUCGGCGGAAGUGGAUACAUGGGAAGCCUGCUCAACAGUAUGAGUCUGAUGCUUGAAGAGUUCUAUUCCCAUUUGAACAUGGUUGCCGUGUCGAGUAUGACCGGUGACGGGGUCGACGAUUUCUUCCAGGCCGUCGAGGAGAAGAGGAAGGAGUUCGAACGUGAUUACAGACCAGAGCUGGAGAAGCGACGUAAAGAACGCGAAGCAGAGAGUGCCGCCAAACGAGAGCACGAUUUGACCAAAGUCAUGAGAGACAUGAAUGUCAACCCUAGGCCCAAGGCAUCGGAAACAUCAGUACCAAAGGCAGAAGAAUCCUCAGACGAGGAAGAGGAGGAAGAAGCGGUUGAUGGAGAUGAAUACCCGGACGCCGAGCGUGAUGAUGAGGACGACGAAGGUUUAAAACGAAGAUACACCAAUACUCUACGUGAGCAAGGUAUUGUGGUUGAUGACGACGACCCUGCCGUUGCACAGAUGAUAGCAGCAACGAAACGAGCCGUUCACUAG